AUGACUCGCCUCAACCUGUCCUUUGUCGCCGCCUUCUUGGUACUGGCUACCUGCGCUGUGUCUGCGCCUACUGGCACCGUGACCCAGCGCGACGAGGGCCACAGCUUCGGACUUGCUAAGACUCUUGGCAACCUGGAGGGCAUCAACAAGAUCAUGGACGGUCUUGACCAAUGGAACGAGAAAGGCAAGCAGGAUGCGGCCGCGAAGGCCCCUGCUGCUGAUACCACCCAGAAGGGUGAUGCAGAGAAGGGCAAGGCUGAGGAUCCCGCUGCUGCUGGGAAGGAGAAUAAGGUCGCAUCUGCCCCUACUCCCACUGAGAAGAACCUCUAUUCCGGCAACUUCGCUACCCCCACCGCGAGUCACACUCACCACCCGUCCUCCGUGCCCAAUGCCCUCGGGAAGCUCCCCGUUGUUGGUGGCCUCCUCGGCGGUACUGGCGGUCCUCUGUAG